UAUAAAAUUGAAUUUAACCUCGUGGUUAAGAUGGAGCAAAAUUUGUUUGGAAGUCAUCGUCUUGAUUGCUUCUCAUUUUAUUUCUUCAUACAAAAAGAUCAAAAUUGGGAGUGGCGCACGCCUAAUCUCCCUCUUCCACCACUCCCUUUCUUUCCUCCUUUCUCUCAGAGCUUCCCCUGUUCCAUGGCGCUCACAAUUAGCAGAAAACUCUUCCCUUCUACAACUAACUGUUCAGGCUGCCCCUACGACUGUCCUUUCGAUUGCUACACUUUUCCAGACUUCGACUACUCGCCGCCGCCGCCGCCGCCUCACCAAAAUCAAGCCCUUCAACCUUUCAUCGUCGUCGUAAUCGCUCUCUCCGUCGGGUUCUUCGCCGCUUUGAACUUCUACAUGGUCGUCGUAAAGUGCCGUGGCCCCCGGAACUCGGGGGCGGCGGCCUCCCAAUCCGACGGCGGAGAGGGAGAGUUACUGGACCGAAAUCAAGUGGAUCAUCCAAUUUGGUUCAUCAACACCGUCGGCCUGCAUCAAUCCAUCAUCAAUUCCAUUGCGGCGUGCAAAUUCAAGCAGGGGGAGGGUCUGAUCGAAGGAACAGAGUGCUCUGUUUGUUUGAGCGAAUUUCGACAAGGCGAGAUGCUUAGAUUGCUGCCCAAAUGUAGCCAUGCCUUUCAUAUUGGAUGUGUAGACACUUGGCUCAGGUCUCACACCACUUGCCCUCUCUGUCGAGCCCUUAUACUCACGGAUUUGGGUGCGAGGCCCCCCAAUUUGGGUUCUGUGAAUCAGAUCGAGGCUAAUUCGGGCGGAAAUGAGGAGACCCAGAUGGAGAAUGGGGAGAUUAAUGGCGAAGUUGUGGGGGAAAAUCAGGCUGUUGUUGCUGUUUCUGGUGGGAGCUUGGAGAACAGGGGAGAAGUUGUUGAUGAACAGAGAGAAGUUGUUGUUCAGGUUGGGGAGAUUGUUCCAAAAGAGGGGAUUACUGAAUCUGAUCAGAAUCAUGGAGUU